UGCAACUCUAACGGUUGAAGAAUUUAAUUAUGUAAGUAAUACGAAAUACCAUCAAGAAUGGAGGAGGUGUCCCAGCUUAUGCUCUGCGAUUUUGGCGAAAUUAGUAUCAUUAAUUUAAUUAGUAUGAAAUUUGCGAAAGACACCACCUCCAAAUGGGCACGUUUGGCAGAGAUAUUUGCAUCCGAAAAGAAAAAAAUGCACGGUAAAAAGUGUAAAAUUUGUCGACCUUACGGCGCGUUUUCUCCUCUUGGGAUGCAAAUAUCUCGGCCAAACCUGCGAUGUGGAGCAAUCAAUCACAACCUUAAUUAAUACGAUAUUUGCAAAUGACACGAUCUCCCGACAGGCACGUUUGGCGGAGACAUUUGCACCCGAAGAGGAGACAAUUCGCAGUAAAUUUGGAAAAUUUCAAAGUCAGAAAAAAAACUUAUAAAAUAUAGCUAUAGUUAAGCAUGAUUAGAUAGUGUUUAUGUUUCCGAAAAUUUGCAAAGGCUAAAAUUUGUCGGCUUUAGGGCUCGUUAUCUCUUCUUCGGAUGCAAAUAUCUCGGCCAAACGUGCCCAUUGGGAGAUCGCGUCUUUCGCAAAUUUCAUACUAAUCAAAUUUGUAAGCGAUUAUUCCUCAAAAUCGGAGAGCAUACGCUGGAAAACAUCCAUUCUUCGAGUUGCUUAGGGACCGUACAUAAAGCACUUGAUCGAUUUUCGGGGAAUUUUGACCCCCGUGUGACCUAUACGUCCCAUGUUAUAAUUAACAUGGGAGGGACAGGAUGUCUUGACCCCUCCCCCCCCUCAAAUCGCAAUCUGCAAGGUCCGUUGUAGUUAUUUUUGAAGGAGCUAUUUAAUCAAAUUGAAUUUUUUAUUAAUCAGACCAAAUAUAGCCAAGAAGCAUGGGACACGGUGAAUUAUAUCAGAAAAUUACACAAAGCUGAGCCCUUGGUUCGGGAUUCAUCCAACGAGUUGGACGCCAUGGCGAACGACACGGUUUUUGGGAUCGUGCUCGAAAUCGAGGCGAAAGACGAUGACGUAGAAGAAGUUUUGGAAUCUUCCGACUUUGCGAUUACCGAUCAUGAAACGUUCGGCUAUGGCAUCGCCGUUUUGAAAGGCAAGGAUGCAAAUUUUAAGGGGGAUUUUUUUUGUGGGUGAAAUUUGAAAAAAAUGUUCACAUUUUAUACAUUUAGCGAAGGAUUACGCCAGUAUGAAAACCUUGGUUGGAGGGCUCGCAGCGCGUCACUGGUAUCGAAAUGAAUUUCCAAUUCAUAACUUUGAAAUUGGAAAAAACAUUUACCACAAGGAAACGGCACACUUGACCCAAAUGAUUUGGAAGGGGACGAAAUUUUUCUCGGUGGACACCAAGUUUACGAGCAUGGGGGACUUGGUGAUUGUCUAUUUGUACUCACCGUACGGAAAUUAUCAAACGGACAAGGUCAAGUUUGCCGACAACGUGGAAGACGUGGAUAAAGUCAAUCGAACUUUCGAAGCCUUCCUGGAUGACACGGUGCUACAGAAAUAUCCGAAUACGAACGAGAGGUCGUGGUAUUCGUAUGAAGACUAUUGGAUAACGGCGUAGAAUAUGGAACAGAAUGAAAAUUAAGGUGUAGAAAAUUGGUACAUUUUCGGGGAUUUCUAGAGAAAAGAAAAUCAUUUCAAAUUUCACCUAAAAAAUUGUCAAGAUCAUCACAAUUUUAACCAUUUCUCGCCUCUGGGAAUUAAUUUUUAAAUUCUGAACGACAAAUUUGUACACUCAA